AUGUUUAAGUCGGCCGCCGUAUCCGACGUUGCUUGGAAGAGGUUCCUUCCUAGCGAUCUUGAAUCCAUCCUCUCCACUUGCCCGAAUUGUUCUCUCCUGCUGGCAUCUGCUUCUUCCAAAAAGGAACUAUAUUUCAGCCUCUGUGAAAAUCCAGUCCUUGUCGAUGACGGGAGAAAGAGCUUUUCACUGGAGGAAAAGACUGGGAAGAAAUGUUACAUGCUUUCUGCGAGGACCCUCUCGAUUACGUGGGCUGAUACUCCUCAAUAUUGGGCAUGGAAUUCUAAUCCCACGUCCAGAUUUCCAGAAGUGGCUGAGCUUCUUUGGGUGUGUUGGCUUGAAAUCCGUGGCAAAAUCAAUACUAGUAUGCUAUCUCCAGCAACAUUGUACACAACAUACCUUGUCUUCAAGCUUCCCAUAGAUUAUCAUCAUGGACUGGAUGACCAGCCAGUUCUGGUUUCAAUGAAAAUGGAUGGAGAAGAAAGUUGUGCACGGACUGUUAGCUGGAAUGUAGAAGGAAGGCUAGGGCGGCAAUCCCGUAAUGCAAGAAGGAGGCGCAGACCUACCAGAAGAAGUUAUGGACAUUAUCCGAAGGAAAGAGGAGAUGGGUGGUUGGAGAUUGAAUUGGGCGACGUCUUUACCAAGGAAGGGAAAGAUGGAGAGCUGGAAAUUAGAGUUUUUGAUGGCUCUGGUCAUUGGAAAAAUGGGUUGAUUGUCGAAGGGAUUGAGAUUAGACCAAAACAGGGUAACCAGAUGAGCAACUGUUUUCAUAUUCUAGUGAAAGAGGAGCUACCCCAAGCAGUUAAAGAUGCACAGGAUGGACUUCUUCUGAAGUUGCGUGUUUAUCACAAGUGGCCGAUUCAGUGGUACAAGUUUCCAACCAUGACGUUGAUGUAA